AUGGCUCAAACCACACAGAAGAAGGUCAAGCGCAAACCCGGCCACAAUUCUGACGAACACGAUUCGAGUCCGCCUGCAAAACGCGCCAAGACCGGUACGGCGCGUAAAUCCACGGGUGGGCGACCCCCCAAGGCUCGGAGAUUGUCUGCGGCUACUGCAGCGGAUGAUUCACGGAAGAAGAAGAGGUUCAGGCCUGGGACUGUGGCGUUGAGGGAGAUCAGGAAAUACCAGAAGAGCACGGACUUGCUCCUGCGUAGACUUCCUUUUUCGCGAGUGGUACGCGAAAUCGCGCUGGAUAUGACGACCGAUCUCAACCAGUAUGGCGACGCGGGUCUGAGGUGGCAGAGUACUGCUAUCAUGGCCCUGCAGGAAGCUGCUGAGGCGUAUUUAGUGCAUCUCUUCGAGGACGCAAAUCUAUGCGCCAUUCACGCGAAACGAGUAACGAUAAUGACACGAGACAUCGAACUCGCACGUCGCCUACGUGGUCGUUGGGGGUUCGAUGCUUGA